AUGCCGGUCACAACACGUGCAGCAGCACUACGAUAUCAUGCUACAAGUGAUGCAACAGCGUCACUCGAGCAGGCAACAUCAACUACAACAUCCAGUAGCAAAGCAGCUCGAAAAUGUCGAUCGAAACAGAAACAGCUUAAAGUCCAGUACAGUAACACUUCUAGUAAACCUGAAACAUCUUCUACAUCACAAGAACAAUCAAUAGUUUCAAAAGCUGAGUCUACAGUUAUAGUAAUUUAUCAUGUCGAUGAUGACGAUAAACAUUUGGAAACAGAAGUUGAUGAAUCAUUUGAAGAUUUCUCUGCCAAUAAACCAAUGAUAUUAUCAGCAUCAAAUGAAAAUAAAGAAUCAACAUCAAGUCAUUCUCCCAGUCGUCAAUCAACAACAUCAUCAACAGAAAAAACUAAUAAUGACGAUUCUCUAGUGUCGUUGGGAUCAUCAACCACUGAUGAUAAUGAUGUAUAUUCUGGUGAUUCAAACGGUUUUGUUAAUGUCCCUGUGCUAAAGGGAGAUAUAACAACAGGCACCUCACGUCGAGGUGGUAAAAUGAUCUUUAUGAAUGGAUGUGGCUACCUAUAUAUGAGUACAGCAAAACAAACAAUUGGUUGGCGUUGUUCCAGAAGAGACGAAAAUUGUAGAGUAGUUAUUCAUACAUUAAAGAAAACAGGUGAAUAUAGUCAUUGGAACGGAGUUUUUCAUUCUCAUAUAGUUGAUUCAAAUGAAACACGUAAACGUGAAAUUGUGGCUAAGAUAAAAAGUCGAGUUCUUGAUGAAUUUAUUCCUAUUAAAGUCAUUAUUGAAGAAGAGUAUAGAAAAGCAGUGUUAUCAACAGAAGAAAAACGCGCAAUGCCUCUUCCAUCACAAAUUGAAUCUGGGCUACAUAGAGUACGUCGUAAAGCAUUACCACCAUUACCACAUGAUCAAAAAUUUACUAUGCCAUUGCUUUAUCAAGAAACAUAUUCAAAAGAAAAUUUCUUAAUUUAUGAUAAACGAAAAAUACUUAUGGAGGACGUUUAA